GUGUACGUCAACGACCGACUCGGCACCAAGACCGCCAUCCCCUGCCUGCCGAGCGACCCCAUUGGCCUCUUUAAGAUCAUGGUGGCGAGUCGUGUGGGCAGGAAACCUCAUGAGCUGUUGUUGAAGCGACAGGGAGAGCGACCGUUCAAGGACCAGCUUACGCUCCAAGACUACGGAGUUAGCAACGGGGUGCAGCUGGAUCUG